AUGUGCAAAGCCUGCAAAAUAGAAGCUUGGACAGUUCUUUUUAAAGCAAAGUACCUAAAAAAGAAGAAUAAGCUCAUAAAAAAAUUAAGGAAAAGAAGAAAGCGCAAAAACGCAAAUAAUACCCAAAAAAUCGAUUCUUGCAAAGCACCACUCUUGAGCUUGAUAAAAGAAAACGACAAUCAAUGCUUGCAGAAUAAUGGAUAUCUUUUCUAUUUUUCUGGCUACAACAUCGUCAAAAUAAAUCUAAGUCUAAGUCCGAUAGAAACAGAAUAUAAAACUUUCAGUAAAAAUUCAGACAUCGAAAGAGAAGUUAUUAUAUGUGCAAUCCCAAAUCAGCUAUUUUUAUGCAUAGACUGUGGGAAAGGCCUAGUAUUCAUCAUUAAUCAAAACCUCGAAAUUUCCGGAACGAAAAAAACAGCUCCAAGAGAUUACUGCAUGCUAUUAUAUUUAGAAGAAUUAAUUUAUGCUUUUACACGAAAAGGUAAUUAUUAUACAAUGAUAGAGACAUAUGAUUAUAAAAAGAAUAAAUGAAGGCGGAUGUCUGAUGUGGAUUAUGAUAUUUGGGCCUGUGUUGUUUUUGAAAGGAAAAUUAUAGUUGCACCUUUUAGAAAUGAAUACUUGAAAAUUUUUGAUCCUUUUGCGAAUAGCUUCACAUAUAUAUUUCGAGUACAAUCGUGAGGUGCGAUAAGUCUUUUAGUUGCAAAUGAUAGAUGCUAUUGCAUUAUUUCUAACUCUUUUGUUUUUGAAAGCUUGCAUAGAGAUUAUUGGCAAUGGACUUGCAUUGGCAAAAACUGAAUAAACGACGACAUAUUUGGACUGCAUUUAUUUUCUUUUUAUAAUGAUUCAAUAUAUUUUAUCGGAAUUCCACAUGCUCCCUCUUUGUAUGAAUUUAAUUUAAAAGCUCUAGAAAUCACAUUGAUUGAUCAUUUAUAUACAUGGUCUGACGAUGAAAGUGAAUAG